CUAAUCCAAAUCCGGUCUUGUCUUCUAGAUCCUUCCUGGGCCUAACUCUGUUUCACGUUUUCACUUGCCUGGAAGCUCUCACCUUCUGGACCCUUCCAAUCCCUCGAACCCUCCAGAGAACCCUAACAACCUUUCCCUCUAUUCACACCACUCUCAUUAUUAUUACCAUCUUAACCUAACCCUCAAAACCUCGCAGCGAAUUUGCUACCAAAAAAAAAUCCGAUGGCGAAGUACGGCGAGGGCGACAAGCGGUGGAUCGUGGAAGACAGACCCGACGGCACCAACGUCCACAACUGGCACUGGGCCGAAACCAACUGCCUCGAGUGGUCCAGAGCCUUCUUCAACAACCUCCUCACCAACCUCACCGUGCUCCACGGCGGCGCCGAUGAUAACAACCUCCACGCCACCAUCAAGAAGGUCGAGAAGCUCGACGGCGAGGCGUAUGUGAAUAUCCGCAAGGGGAAGGUUAUUCCGGGAUACGAGCUCAGCGUUUCGCUUUCCUGGGAAGGGGAGGUUAGGGAUGCGGAGGGGAAGAUCUUGAACAAAGUCAACGGCACGGUUGAGAUCCCGUAUAUUUCUGAUGAGAAUGCUGAUGAGGAUCCUGAGGUUAGGGUUACGGUGAAAGAUGAGGACCAGAUCGGGAAGAGGUUGAAGGAGGCGAUGGUUGCGAAGGGGAAGCCGGUGGUUUUGGAUAAGGUUAGGGUUUGGGUGCAGAGUAUGGCGAGAGGUGGGCCUGUUAAGGAGGAGCUUGAGGUGAAGAAGGUGGCCGCGGUGGCGCCGCAGAAGAGUGAUGAUAAAGCGGUGGAGGUGAAGAAGAAAGAGGAGGAGGUUGCGGCAGGGGUGGCGAAGAAGGAGGAGAAGAAGAAGAAGAAAGAAGGGUUUAAAACGAUUAGUUUGACGGAGAGGUUUAAUUGCAGGGCGAGGGAUUUGUUUGAGAUAUUGAUGGAUGAGAAUAGGUGGAAGGGUUUUACUCAGAGCAAUGCGAGGAUUAGCAAGGAGGUUAAUGGAGAGUUUAGUAUCUUCGAUGGGUCGGUUACGGGGAUGAAUUUGGAGUUGCAGGAAGGGAAGUUGAUUGUGCAGAGAUGGAGGUUUGGGAGCUGGCCAGAUGGGAUGCAAUCAACAGUGAGGAUUGUGUUUGAGGAGCCUGAAUCUGGGGUUACAGUUGUGAAGCUCACACAUACUGAUGUGCCUGAAGAAGAUAGGUAUGGGAAUGCGACUGUGGUUGAGAACACGGAGAGGGGAUGGCGGGAUCUCAUCUUCCAAAGGAUAAGGGCUGUGUUUGGUUUUGGAAUUUGAGAUUUUCCAGAUACUAUGUGUUGUAGAAUUUUUCCUCAGAAUUUUGUUUUACUUUUUGGUAUGGUGAGAUUAUUGGACUGCCAUUGGAUGAUUUAUUGUGAAAGAUAAAAGUGUCUUUUGCAAUGAUUUCUGCUCUCACUUCUUCCUCAUUUCGCAAGUUGUCUCUUUUGUUCACUAUCCUUGCUUGCUGUAUGUCUAAUUUAAAAUGUGAUCUAUUAUCAGUGUUUGUUACUGUUAGUUCA